AUGUCUUCAGUAUCACAGGGGGAGCUCUCCCCUCCUGUCUGCCAUGACGUCUUUAAAGAUCCUGUUGUCCUGUCAUGCAGCCACAGCUUCUGUAAAGACUGUCUGCAGGGAUGGUGGAGAGAGAAACUAUGGGAGGUGUGUGCAGUCUGUCAGCAAAUAUCUCCGCAGAGUUAUCCACCACAUCACUUGGCGUUAAAGAACCUGUGCGAGAGCUCCUUACUGGAGAGGGAUCAGAGAGCUUCAGCAGGGCUGCAGGGACUGCUUCUCUGCAGACUGCACCCCGAGAAGCUCAAACUCUUCUGUCUGGACCAUCAGCAGCCAGUGUGUGUUGUGUGUCUGCAUUCCAAAACACACAACAACCACAGAUUCAGACCAAUCGAUGAAGCUGCACGGGAUCCCAGAGUUGGGCUACGGAAAUCCCCGAAGCCCUUACAAGAGAAACUGAAGCUGUUUGAACAAGUUAAAGGAAACUGGGAUCAGACAGCAGAACACAUUGAGGCCCAGGCCCGACACACAAAGAGGCAGAUUAGGGAGCAGUUUAAGAAGCUCCGCCAGUUCCUACAAGAGGAAGAGGAGGCCAGGAUCGCUGCUCUGAGGGAGGAAGAGGAGCUGAAGAGUCAGAUGAUGAAGGAGGAGAUUGAGGCUCUGAGCAGAGAGAUAGCAGCUCUUUCAGACACAACAAGAGCCACAGAGGAGGAGCUGAGAGCUGACGACGUCUCAUUCCUGCAGAACUACAAGGCUGCAGUGGAAAGAGCCCAGCAGCGCCCCCUGCUGGAUGAUCCACAGCUGGUCUCGGGAGCUCUGAUAGACGUGGCCAAAGAUCUGGGCAACCUGACCUUCAACAUCUGGAACAAGAUGAAGGAGAGGGUCUCCAACACUCCUGUGAUUCUGGAUCCAAACUCUGCUCAUCCAGAACUCAUCCUGUCUGAUGACCUGACCAGUGUGAGUCAUGAACAGAUACAUCCAGAGAAGUUCGAUUCCUCUCAAUCUGUUCUGGGAUCUGAGAGCUUUAGUUCAGGAAUUCACUGCUAG